CUUUCUCAUGACGACUUUAUUCCGCGACAUCCUCCACACGCCGCCUGUGUGAUGCUAGACAGUUAGCUUCAGUCUGCUGUUAUUUUGCUGUUUUUUGGAGACAAACUGGCCCUUUCAACAUCCCAUACAGCGGCUGUGUUGUUGCACUUUCAGCCCCAGGAUGAUUAACCCUGAGAAGGGAGCUGGUGGUGAAGCCGCUGCAAAAUCCAGCGACAAGAACAAGGAGAUAGAAAAGAAGAAAAGGUCUCGUGUCAAGCAGCUGCUCGGGGAUGUCAGGAAACAAGUGGAGUUCUGGUUCGGAGACGUCAACCUUCACAAGGACAGAUUUCUUAAAAAGCUCAUUGAUGAGUCAGACAAUGGAUAUGUUGAUAUAUCAAUAUUGGCAAGCUUCAAUCAAAUGAAGAAGUUGACAACUGACACAAAACUGAUUGCAAGAGCGCUGAAAAAUUCAUCAGUGGUUGAGAUUAACCUUGAGGGAACUCAAGUAAGGCGUCAGUUUCCCAUUGGAGACUCUCCAAAUAAUGUUGAUGACCGCACAGUCUAUGUGGAACUUUUGCCCAAGGAUGUGACACACAGCUGGAUAGAGAGGGUGUUUACUAAAUGUGGGAAUGUAGUGUAUGUUAGCAUUCCCAGAUACCGGACUUCUGGUGACCCCAAAGGAUUUGCCUUUGUCGAAUUUGAGAACGAGGAUCAAGCACAAAAAGCCAUAGAGAUGCUGAACAACCCUCCAGAAGAUGCUCCCAGGAAAGCAGGGAUUUUCCCCAAGACUUUACACGGGAAGCAUAUUGAUCUCUCAGCUAAUGAUCAACCACAAGGUGAAGAAGAGGAGAAGAAAAAGCGAAAAAAGAAGAAAAAGAAAGAAGGGACCACAGUACAGAUGCCUGCCGAAGACGUCAAAGAACUGACGAUGGAAACUGAGCCAUCGGAGCAGAAGCAGAAGCACUCGUCGCAGAGGGACUUUGAUCCCGAGGUCACCAGUCCUCUGAAGACACCGAGCAAACUGUCAGAGAAGAAGCGACGAAGGUCACAGACGGCAGAAGACUCAGAAAGGGGUGUGCCAUCUAAAAUUAGAAAAAGAAAAGAAAGUGAAACUGGAGAAAAGGACAAAGAUGGAGCAAAGACGUAUACCGUCACUAACAUUGACAGCGAGAGAGAUGUUGAAACGGGGAAAGAGAAUGGAGAUGACUCAAAUGUCAAAUCAAAGAGGAAGAGAAAAAAGAAACACAAAGAAAAACUGAAAAUUGGGGAGGAAGUCAUCCCACUCCGGGUUCUGUCAAAGAAAGAAUGGGUUAAGCUAAAGCAGGAAUAUUUAACCCUCCAGAAGGGCAGCAUGGCAUCCUUGAAGAAGUGCAUCUAUAAGCUUGAUAAGAAGGACCACAGUGAUACCCAGGAAAGAAGCGUUAAGAUGAGUGCAAAAGAGGAAAAAGAAACGAACCUCGGCCCGCAGUUCACCAGUGGUGUCAUCGUUAAGAUUACAGACAGCAAACCGUUACCAUCGAGGAAGAUCAUUAAAGAAGUCUUGUGCAAAAUAUCCCAAGUGGCCUACGUCGACAUCUUGGAAGGAGAUGCUGAGGGUCACGUCCGUUUUCACAGUCCGCAGGAGGCUAAAGCCGUCAGUGACGUUAAAGCUGAGCUGCAGAAAGAGCACAGCUGGAAGCUGGAGAUUCUAGCAGGUGACCACGAGCAGCGGUAUUGGCAGAAGAUUUUAGUGGACCGCCAGGUCAAGCUGAAUCGUCCCAGGGAAAAGAAGCGCGGCACAGAAAAGCUCAUAUCCAAAGCAGAAAAGAUCAUCAUUGCCCGAGCCAAGGAGUCUAAUAAGCACAUCCAUUUCGGAGAAGACUGAGCUUCCCAGGUGGGACCUCCGGAGACUCUGUGGGAGUUGAUGGCUGCAGCUGGUGCUGACGGACCGUUUCCUCUUGUCUUCUUUGUUUCCGUGGGAGCCCACAAAAUAGUGUGAAAUGCAGUUAUGCAUACAGACGCUUUGGAUUUUUAUUUUUGUUUUAUUUUUAUGGAAUCCUUUUUAAAAAGCAAUCCUGUAAAAACCCUGUAAAUAUACUUGAAACAUCAGGAUGUAGAUGAGUCAACUCCUAAUUGUUUUUUUAAUAAAAUGUUGAUAUAAAGUUAGUAUUUGAUGUUGUUUUAAAGCCUAUUUGUGCGUAUAAUGUUAUUAAUCUACAGUUUUUGGUUAAAAGGUACAUUUGAAUUCUCAAACUACCUCGCCCUGAGGACGAGGCAUCAAGACAUCAGGCCUGAUGUCAACAUUUCUCUCAUUUCCGAAGACAAAAUAUAACAAAUGUAAUUAAUUAUUAUACAUUUUUUACAAAAACAACAAUC